UAAACAGCUGAAACAGCUGGCUGGUUACGUCGAUUUUAAUUACGAAAAUCUAAAGAAACUUUGUCCAAAGCGUGUUAUUGAAUUAAAAACAAACACAAAAUGUCCAACAGUCAUUUGUUUAUGAAGUCUGGCUUUCCACGUGCACCACUGCAGAAUGGACUGGGACGCUACGUCUGCCAACUGCAGCGAAUCACGCUGAAAUUCUGCAAGAACAAUGGCUCCAGCAAAGGCAUGCGGGAUUUCAUUGAGAACCAUCUGGUGGACUUUGCAAAGGAGAAUCCCGGCAUUGUGGUCUACGUGAAGCCGCGUCGCCAUCGCACGCCGGUGCUGGUUGGCGAGUAUUUGAAUGGAGAUCGUGAGUGGAUGAGCUGUCGCAACAGCACCGAGGCGGAUAUAACCAAGUGGGUAGAUCUCUUAAAAACACAAAACGGCAGCUCCAGCUCGUUGCGUCUGCGUAAAAUGUGGCACACCGAUGUGCCCUCCAUUCAGGGUCCCUGGACGCCGUUCCUGCUACGUGCGCCCGAAACCCAUGGCCAGGCAUAUCCCAGCGUGGAUGCCUCCAAGCCGCUGGAUGCGCCACAAACAGCCACCGAGAAGCUCAUUGAACUGUUUCGGCAGCAGCAACUCGAGACGGAGGAUGUGUUGAGCCAAAAGCGCGCAGAAUGAAGGAACGGGGAGGAGAGGGAACUAUUUUUUGGUAAUUGUUGCUUUUAUUUUCUUGUUGGUAAAACAAUAAUAAAUAUUUAAAAUCUAAA